UAAACGGAGUACUCGUAGCACACAACGGUGGCGGUGACAUAGCUAAAGAAAACAUACUAUAUCACCCCUCUUAUAAAAUUGAUCUACUACUCCAACAUUCCAACUCAAUAGUCAAUAAGCCAAUUAGCCAAACUAAGUAAUUUAAUCUCUUCUUACGCUGUGUUGUGCAGCACUGUACAUUCACCUUAGAAAUCAAAACUCAAGAAUAAGAAAUAGAAAAUGGCAGAUGUCACAGAAAGUCCAGGAUUACCAACCCGCAACCCAGCACACAAGAUCGUCGCCGUCGCCGCCGGCGAAGCUCAUACUCUCGCACUUUCCGGAGAUGGGAAGGUAUAUUCAUGGGGAAGAGGCACAUUUGGGCGACUUGGGAAUGGUUCUCAAUCGGAUGAGAAUCAUCCAGUGCCAAUUAAAUGGGAUAAUAAUGAUGAUUUGCAAGAUGAGAAGUGUCCCAAAUUUGUUGGGGUUGCUGCUGGUGCUUAUCAUAGUCUUGCUCUUGCUGAUAGCCAACUUGGAUUUGAAGGAGAAAAUGUGUCAGUUCCCUGUCAAUUAGGUACGUUAGCUCAGUUGAAUUCUCCCCGAUCUCUUGGUGAUGACUCAGAAGGAAAGAGUAAAAAUCCACUGAAGGUUUGUGCAAUCAAAGCAGGUGGAAUGAUGUCAUUUGCAAUUGAUAACCUUGGGGCACUCUAGAUGUGGGGCAACAUCCCACAGCAAAGCAGUCCUGAUGACAAUACAUUCACACUUAUUAGUGUUCCAAACCCAAUUCCAAUGUUCGAUUUUUACGGUCACACAGUUGUUAAGGUGGCAUGUGCAAAUGAGCAUGUUGUUGCACUAGUCAGUGCUGGUGAAAAACAUGUUGGUGAUGAUCUUGUGUGUUACACUUGGGGUAACAAUAAUCAUGGUCAACUAGGUUUGGGAGAUACAGAGAGCAGAUCACAUCCCCAGGCUGUUGCACAGUUCAGCGAGGGAUCUGCUUGGAGAGCUUAUGAUGUGGCUUGUGGAUCUUUUCACACUGUUGUACUUACUUUCAAGAAGCAACCGAGUGAUACAUUAGCUAGUGUCUGUUGGACAUUUGGCCUUGGAGAAAACGGUCAGCUUGGACAUGGUACAACCCAGAGUUCCUCACUCCCUGAACCCGCUAGAGAAUUGCCAGAAAAUGCUUAUUUUGUUUCCGUAGACUGUGGAUUGCUUCAUACAAGUGUAGUUUCAUCUGCUGGGGAAGUGUGGUCAUGGGGGAUGGAAAAGGGUCUAGGGCUUUGCCCUGAUGUGAGCUUUUCGGGUGUGGAUCAUGGAGAUGCAAUCUUGCCGCUGCAAUUCUCAUGCAAUGGGAGCAAUUUUCCUGACCCUGUAGAAGUUGCAUGUGGGGCAGCACACACUGUCCUAGUCGCAGAUGAUGGUUACAAGCUCUGGUCUUGGGGACGAGGAAGGAGUGGAGUUCUCGGUGAUGGUAAGGUUAGUGAUUCUUACUCUCCGACAAUGGUUUUGUGGCCCCCGCUAUCAGAAGAUUUCAGCGACGGUUUGAACAUAGAGUCAAAGAAGCCUAAAGAAGGAGGUGAAAAGACAGAAGUUGAUGAAAAGUUGUCUUCAGCAAUGGAAGAGAUGAAACUCUUGCAAUCAAAACUUUCGGUGAUGGAAAGUUAUGUAAGCGUUCUUCAUGGCUCACUCUUUGGGAAGCCUUUUGAAGAGAGUGAUAUUCCAGCCUCAUUGAUCGAGUCUGAUUCUUUUGAUGUUGGAAAAGCAUGGCAAGGUAUGUUGGAGGCAGCAGAUGGUAAAGAGCUAAGGCGUUUAGAAAUGUUCUACGGAAAUAUGCUAGACGGGGUCAAGGAUAAGAUAAUGAAGAGGAAAAUUCAAGAGAUUGUGAAGGAGCACCUUCAGUCUUCCAGUACUACUCAAUAUUGAUUUGCUGUGGGAUAAUUAUACUCACAAAUGCAGGGAUUACUCUGUUAAUAUAUACGAAGUAUGAUCAAUAAGUUGGCAAGCUUUACUUAAUUAUACAAGAUUUUGCAGGUAUGUCAACAAAAAUUUCUGUAAUUUGUGAAAUCAGUACAGUAUGUCAGUAUGUAUACAAUACAGAAUACUUCAAAAAAAAAAAAAUUAAUUUUUUUUUUGGGUUAAUAUAGAAGUUUGUUGAAAUUUUACAUUAAGCUAUGGUGGUAUGUAAAAAUAUAAUUGUUUUUAUAUGACUUACAUUGGGUGAUUAAUCUGAUUUUGGAGUUAAAUUUUACGAAGUAUAAUACUACUUAUUCAUUGGUAC